AAGCGGCCGUAAGAAAGAAAUCUCUCCCCUGAACUGUUUACCCUGACGUCAGUUUGCAGAACUAGCUCUGCCCUGUCUCCUCCAGUGUCUCUGAAACUCCUCUCAGUGAGAACUGAGGUAGUAGAUGGCCUCAGCUCUACUACUCGAGCGUCCGGACGUCACGCAAUGAUUUCUUCUGCACAUUUAAAGUGGACUAAAACAGAUGCACGAUGAACACCUGCGCCUUUCUGCUGAUUUUGACUGUUCAGAUCUACGCCGAUGGCAUUGAGGGGCCAACAGCAGCUGGCUGUACGUUUGAAGAGGAUUCAGACCCCAGUCUGUGUGACUUCACCCAGGGGGAGGACGAUGACUUUGAUUGGCUGCUCUUUCGGACGUACAGUUCACCUUAUGCCAGCCCUGACCUCCUGCGAGGAUCCUAUAUGUUGGUGAACUCUUCCCAGCAUGUCGUGGGUCAUCGUGCUCAGCUGCUGCUGCAGACGCUGAGUGAAAAUGACACGCACUGCGUCCAGUUCAGUUACUUCCUGUACAGUCGUGAUGGCCACAGCCCGGGGGCCCUGCGGGCAUACGUUCGAGUCAACGGGGGUCCACUCGGCAGUGCGGUUUGGAACAUAUCGGGGUCUCAUGCCAAGCAGUGGCACCAGGUUGAGCUGGCAGUCAGCACCUUCUGGCCUAAUGAAUACCAGGUACUGAUUGAGGCAACGGUUUCCAGAGAGCGGCGAGGCUACAUUGCCAUAGAUGACAUCAUGGUGCUCAACUACCCCUGCUAUAAGGCACCGCACUUCUCCAGGCUCGGAGAUGAGGAGGUUAAUGCUGGGCAAAAUGCUACUUUUCAGUGUGUUGCUGCUGGAAGAGCAUCAGAGGCUGAGAAGUUCCUGCUGGAGAGACACAAUGGGGACAUUUUAACAACGGCGUCAGUCAAGCACUUGAGUCACCGGCGCUUUAUGGUAUCCUUCCAGCUAGACGGCGCCCAGCGAACGGAUCAAGACCUUUACCGCUGUGUCACUCAGUCCCCCAGGGGAUCUGGGGUCUCAAACUUUGCUGAACUCGUUGUCAAAGUACCUCCAUCCCCCAUUGCGCCACCCCAGCUGCUGCGCGCCGGCUCCACUUACCUAAUCAUCCAGCUCAACACCAACUCUAUCCUGGGAGAUGGCCCCAUUAUCAGGAAGGAGAUUGAGUACCGCGCCAGCCAGUCUCCGUGGUCAGAGGUGCACGGAGUCAACGUGGUCACCUAUAAGCUGUGGCACCUGGAUCCAGACACAGAGUACCACAUCAGUGUGCUGUUGACUCGGCCCGGAGAGGGAGGAACCGGCCCACCUGGACCGCCUCUCGUGAGCAGGACCAAGUGUGCAGAGCCUAUGCGUGCAUUGCGAGGCCUCGCAGCCACCGAUAUCCAGUCCAGGCAGUUGUCCCUGCAGUGGGAGAAUUUGGCGUUCAACCUGACACGCUGCCACACCUACUCAGUGUCCCUGUGCUACCACUACACCACGGCGGGAGGCGGCGGAGGCCACAACACCACUGUGCGCGAGUGCAUGGCAGUGGAACACAAUGCUUCACGCUUCACACUGCGUGAUCUGCCACCCUACCACGGCAUCCAUGUCCGUCUGUCACUGGCCAACCCUGAGGGGAAGAAAGAGGGCAGAGAGGUCGCCUUCCAGACCGAGGAGGACAUUCCCGGAGGCAUAGCGCCAGAGUCGCUCACCUUUACCCCGCUGGAUGACAUGAUCUUCCUGAAGUGGGAGGAGCCCGUCGAGCCCAAUGGCCUAAUUAACCAAUAUGAGAUAAGUUACCAGAGCAUUGAGUCGUCUGAUCCAGGCAUCAACGUCCCGGGGCCGAGAAGAACUGUGUCCAAGUUGAAGAAUGAGACUUACCACAUGUUCUCCAACCUCCACCCGGGAACAACUUACCUCAUCUCAGUUCGAGCCCGCACAGUCAAGGGCUUUGGGCAGACCGCCCUCACUGAAAUCACCACUAACAUCUCAGCUCCGACGUUUGAUUACGGAGACAUGCCGUCCCCCCUGAGCGAGACAGAGAGCACCAUUACUGUCCUGUUGCGCCCCGCCCAAGGCAGAGGGGCACCUGUCAGUACAUACCAGGUGGUGGUUGAAGAGGAAACAGUGAAGAAAGUAAAGAGAGAGUUGGGGCUUCAGGAGUGUUUCCCAUUGCCCAUGUCCCACGGUGAGGCGCAGGCCCGGGGCACACCACACUACUACACAGCCGAGCUGCCGCCCAGCAGCCUCCCAGAGGCCAGUCCCUUCACUGUGGGAGACAAUCACACUUACAACGGCUACUGGAACAGCCCUUUGGACCCACGCAAAAGCUACCUUGUCUACUUCCAGGCUAUGAGCAACUUCAGAGGGGAAUCCAGAAUAAACUGCAUCCGCAUAGCUCGCAAAGCGGCCUGCAAGGACCACCGCAAGGCUCUGGAGGUUACUCAACACUCCGAGGAGAUGGGCCUCAUUCUCGGGGUGUGCGCUGGAGGCCUGGUGGUCCUCAUCCUUCUGCUGGGUGCCGUGAUCAUCAUCAUUAAGAAAGGAAGGGACUACUACUCUUACUAUCCGAAACCAGUGAACAUGAAUAAGACACCCAUUACCUACCGGCAGGAGAAGAGCCAUAUGGGCUCCAUGGAGCGCAGUUUCACAGACCAGAGCACCCUACAGGAAGAUGAAAGAAUGGCCCUUUCCUUCAUGGAUGCUCACACCUGCGGCACACGCAGUGACGCUCGUAGUUCAGUGAACGAGGCCAGCAGCCUGCUGGGAGGCUCCCCGAGGCACCAGUGCGGACGUAAAGGCUCCCCCUACCACACAGGGCAGCUUCACCCUGCCGUCCGAGUGGCCGACCUUCUCCAGCACAUCAACCAGAUGAAGACUGCCGAGGGCUACGGCUUUAAACAGGAGUACGAGAGCUUCUUUGAUGGCUGGGACUGCACUAAGAAGAAGGACAAAACCAAAGGGAGGGAUGACACGUUGGGAUAUGACCGCCACAGAGUCAAGCUCCACCCUCUCCUGGGAGACCCCAACUCAGACUACAUUAACGCCAACUACAUUGAUAUUCGGAUUAACAGGGAAGGCUACCAUCGAUCCAACCACUUCAUCGCCACUCAGGGACCCAAGCAGGAGACUCUGUAUGAUUUCUGGAGGAUGGUGUGGCAAGAAAAUUGUUUCAGCAUCGUCAUGAUAACUAAGCUGGUGGAGGUUGGCAGGGUGAAAUGCUGUAAAUACUGGCCUGAUGAGAGCGAGAUGUAUGGUGACAUCAAAAUCACUCUGCUUAAGACAGAGACACUGGCUGAAUACACAGUUCGCACCUUCGCCUUGGAGAGAAGAGGAUAUUCAACCAAGCAUGAGGUGCGUCAGUUCCACUUCACAUCCUGGCCUGAGCACGGGGUGCCGUAUCACGCCACUGGUUUGCUGGCCUUUAUACGAAGAGUGAAAGCCUCUACACCUCCUGACGCCGGCCCUGUGGUGGUCCACUGCAGUGUGGGGGCGGGCCGCACCGGCUGCUACAUCGUGCUGGAUGUCAUGUUGGACAUGGCGGAGUGUGAAGGCGUGGUGGAUAUCUACAACUGUGUCAAAACCCUCUGCUCUCGACGCAUCAACAUGAUCCAGACGGAGGAGCAGUACAUCUUUAUCCAUGAUGCCAUUUUGGAGGCCUGUCUGUGCGGAGAGACUGCCAUCUUGGUGAAUGAGUUUGCGGUCACUUACAAAGAGAUGCUGCGAGUGGAUUCCCAGAGUAAUUCCUCUCAGCUGCGGGAGGAGUUCCAGACGCUCAACUCUGUGACUCCCCACCUGGAUGUGGAAGAGUGCAGCAUUGCUCUGUUGCCCAGAAACCGAGAGAAGAACCGCAGCAUGGAUGUUCUGCCACCUGAUCGCGCACUGGCCUUCUUGGUUACGACAGAAGGGGAGAGCAACAAUUACAUCAACGCUGCUCUCGCUGACAGCUUCCAUCGGCAGGCUGCUUUUAUUGUCACCCCUCACCCUCUGCCGGGCACCACGGCUGACUUUUGGAGGCUUGUCUUUGACUACGGCUGCACAGCAGUGGUCAUGCUCAACCAACUCAACCAGUCAAACUCUGCCUGGCCUUGUGUUCAGUAUUGGCCGGAGCCCGGUUUACAGCAGUACGGGCCCAUGGAAGUGGAGUUUCUGUCCAUGUCAGCAGAUGAGGAUGUCAUUACUCGUCUGUUUCGGGUCAAGAAUGUCACGAGGCCCCAAGAGGGCCAGCUGGUGGUGUGUCAGUUCCAGUUCCUGCGCUGGUCGGCGUAUCGAGAUGUUCCGGACUCUAAGAAGGCUUUCCUCAACCUGCUGGCUCAAGUGCACAAGUGGCAGAGGGAGUGUGGAGAAGGACGCACUGUUGUCCACUGCCUUAACGGUGGUGGUCGCAGUGGGACCCUCUGUGCCUGCAACAUUCUCCUUGAGAUGAUCCAGUACCAGAACAUGGUGGACAUCUUCUAUGCUGUCAAAACUCUACGCAACUGCAAACCCAACAUGGUUGAGUCCUUGGACCAGUAUCGGUUCUGCUAUGACCUUGUCCUGGAGUACUUGGACUGCUUUGAAGGUAGAUAGCAACCAAAUGUUUACCACAGCGGCAGUAUCCCAUCUGCUGGAGAUUAGAUUUAAGGCCACCCAGUGACCCCUCUACUUUAAUGUUUGGACCUAUGGACUUGGCUUUGAAAGGACUUGAAAGAAAGCAGAGGAUAAAAAAAAAAACUUGGUCAUGGUUCUAACUUUUAACCUUUAAUGUACAGCUGUGAUUUCCUCCUUGUUGGUGAUGUGUAUCUCUUUUGAUAUUUUUUGUGCUUUUCUUGCCUCCGGACUAAAGCUCUUUUGUGCUAAGGGUUUCUGUAGCAGCAAAACAAUAUUUGGAGCUACAAAAAUGGACCUGUUUAUUCUGAAGGAAGGUCACCACUGCUGUGUUUCAUCGUUUCAUUCAAACAACAAGGAGGCUGGAUGCAAUUCCAGAGUUAAAACAGAAUUGUCUAAACCUGGAAGCAUUUUCUUGUCUCUCAAGAGCUACAUACAACAACAGUCCACUGUGGUUGUGGCAUGAUUUCUCUACCAUACCAUAAACUGCCUUAUUCUCUGAUGAUAGGACGGAUUUAUUUAAAUCACUGAAUAAAUCAGGAAGGUUGUGUAUAAACGGCAACAAGAGAUUUGCAGCAUUAGCAUAGACCAGCCCAGUCCUCAACAGUAUUGAUGCAGAAACUGUACAGUAGUGCAAUGUGUUGUAUUUUGCCAUAAUGUUUGUGCUGGAUUACCAUGUGUGCUAUAGGUGGACAUUUCCAGGGACCACAGCACUGGGCCCUGUGCCACCACUGAAGAUUCCUGUCUCAUUACUGUCACAGUGCCAAUCCCAUUGACUGACUUGAAUCCUCUAUUUACUUUACUCUAUCAUCUUGAUAUAUGCCUACAAACAUACAGUAUGUACUGCAUCAGCUAAUGUCCAUGCUCCAAAGUGAUUGUUUGUAUUUUACACCCAGCAGGAAAGAAAAAGAAGUGAGGGAAACUGUUCAAAAUGUACUGACAUGCCAUAGUGGUGGUGUGAAAAAUGAUGUUCCAUUAAUGCCGUGGUGAAGUGUCUCAACCAGUGCUGCGUUACAGGUUUGAGUCUGUAACUCCUUUUACUCCUUUGUUGUCUGAGGCAUUUGGUUGUACUGUAAACUGUCUCAGCAAGCUAAACCAGUUUGACUUUUAUCAUAACCCUUUCAGUAAGGGGUUCAUUCAACUAUUUUGACAUGUAUAUUAGUUGUUGUUCCUAGUGGUGUAAAAUAAAAAUAAAAAAUAUAUAUAAAUAAAAAGGGGCAUUAACAUUGUGCAGGGGGAUAAAUGCUACUUUGCGUCAACGCUGGUGAUUGGUGUUUUCCCAAUGGUGGUUUAGUAUCUUAAAAUAAAAAAUGGUGUUUUUAAAAGGACGAAUAGUGAGAUACAGUUGCCCAAAGACCCUGCUGUUCAGCUAUCACUGACCUGAUGGACAAAGAAAAUACACUGUGCGUCACCUACCAGCCAAUGCCUGGAGACCACUGGAACUGUUAAUGCCUGAAUCAAUUGAAGAAACUCAUGCAGGUUUGGCAUGUGUGACACACAUAAUGAUCUUAAAACCUCUAAAAAUGUCCCAGAAAAAAAAAAGAUCUUUGUGUUUUUCUUUUUACAUUUUCUUCCAGAAGCAAGAAAAUAUCUAUUCUAGAAUCAAUUAUUGCCCUUUAAAACAUGUUACGCUCCACCAUAUCUCCUGAAACUCCUUAGAGUGCAGGUUUUCAAGCAGGGCGGUAAAGGUAUCACUCCAGGACCUGCUCUUAUAAACAAGGAGAGACACCUUGAAGCCCACACAAAACUGAGAAAUGGCAGCUAGGACAACUCAGCUGCUAGUUAGUUGCACACAGUCUGGUUCAGGUGGGAGCUCCAGAAUAUGUGAUGAAUCCACAACAACAUCACAAGGCUCCCACAGGUUCACUGAUAGAGCAGCUUGUUUUUGACGAGGAUGAAGAAUAGCGUAGUCAGUGAUCCGACCUACCACCGGAGGAAGUGCUUGGACACUUUUUCUUGCAGGUGAAAGGAAUGUGUACAUACAGAUGUAUAUUAUGUUAUGUGAAUACUAUGUGAAUAAUAUACUAUAUGUUUGCCGAGAGUAAAGACGUACAGUAAGUAACCACUACAUAACCAGGAAGGUGAAUGUGCUGUAAAUGACUAUUUUGUGAGUGUUUUGCCAGGACUUUAAACAGCCAAGUAUGAGCUGAGUCUCCCUGAGCGUUCAUCCCAGACCUCUGAGUAAAACAGGUCUGUCAAAGCAUGUAUGAAUCCAUUGUGUGCUUUGUUUUUCAUUUAGUUAAUUUCGGAAUAUCCCGGUCCACCUCGUUUAUUUCAACCGCUGUGUUUUCCAGCAGCCACGACUGUGUGAGCACAUUGUACUUAUGCCAUUCCGAAGCUUUUUAUUAUGACUGAGCGGCAGCGACUGCCCCGAGGGUACCGGUAAUUUCAAUUAUUUGUUUCUGUAUGAACCGAUAGCACAUGACAUGCCCGUUGUAUUUGUGGGGACAAGGUGUGUAUUUAAGGAAAGAGAUGGAGGAGACGGAUGUAUUCAGAGGUCAGGAGAGGGCUUUGUUCUGAACAUUAUCAGCGAUCUACAAUAAACGAACAAGGGAAAAAAAAAGAGAUGUGUGGUUGUCAACUUAUCAUUGGAUAUUCUGUCAAAAAGCAUACGCAGCUAAAAUAGUCUGUGUGGUUUUAUGAUUGGUUUGUCAGCAGAAGCUGAGAGCUGAAAGCUGGACAUGGACUUCCUGUCUACCAGCCUCUGACCCUCCUGCGGUUUCUCAUACGGAUGUGGUCUUUUAGCAGUUUCCUUCGCCUUGAACCAGAUCGACCAUUUGAUCUCUCACCACUUUUCUUUCCCUUUUUCCCUUUUUCACCAACUGUGUCAGCCUCUCGCCGCCCCCAUCCUCAACUCCUCUUUCAUUACUUUCAGUUCUUCCUCUCAUCCUUCUCCAUCUCUCUGGCUUUGCUGCUCUGCCCAGAGUAAGGUGAGUCCAGACCACAGACUUCCUCUCUCACCCUCGGCUAUGUUGAAUAAUGCAGCAGUCCUGCAAACUGAUCCAGUGUUUAGCAGAGGGACAAGUCGGAUUAAUUAAAGGACAACACUCCCCUUCUGUUGGGUUAGGCAAUAGGCUAAGGAUUCGCCAAUAGAUUGUUUGGAAAUUGAUAAACCUUGAUAGCAAGCUUUUGAGUGUGGUAAAGGAGUGUGUUGAAAAAUGCAAGUGUUCUUUAGAUGAGAUUUUUCAUUUGUCAUGGCAUUGAAAAAGAGCAAAAAUGCAUUAUUGAUAACAUGACAUAGAUAAGGAGCUUUUUCAUGGCGGCAGGCCAUUUACACUAUCCUAUUUUAAUCCACGAGAUUUUCUCAAUUUACGUUUUUACCUGAAAAGGUUCCAUCAUCCUUUACUACUCAAAUUUCACCGGUGAUUUAAAUGAAUCGGUAAUUGCAAUCUUAUCAUUUAAUUCUGAUGGUGUAAUGACUGACAUGUGCAAGGCAACUUAUCACGGGGCCAAGAUCCAAUUAGGUUUUGUCUUUUCUCUCUGGACUUUCUGUCUUAUAUUCCUCUGCUGACAGGCUCGAUGGAUGUCAGCCUCACAGUCUCUCUGGUGAGCCUCGCACUAGAUACACUCUCAUGUGGUGUUUCUGUGAAACGACAGUGAGGGCCGACAGUUCAGCUGAUGUCAGAAGGAUGGCGAGCUAUGGCUGCAUGCACUAAAAUAGUGGUUUCAAGCCUUUUUUUUAACCAUUUAUCAUUUACAUUUAGCUAAUUAUGUCAACAGUGUCCACUACAUCCACUACAUCUAACUUACUGUUUCAACCUUUUAUCCAUUUAUUUAAGAUUACUAUUCAGACCAUUUAUCCAUUACUGUUAGGUAACUAUUUUAACCAGUCAUUCAUUACAUUAAGACUUUAACCAGUUAUGCAUUGCUUUUACUGUUUCAACCAAUUGCCAAUUACUUUUAGCUAACUAAUUUUGUUUAUCCAUUAAUUAACGGUAAUCAUUCUGAAGAAUUUACGUUAUUUGUAGCUGGUUAUUUCAAAUGUUAUUUCCUCUCUUAGCUAACCCGUUAAACCGUUUAUCAACUACUUUUAGCUAACUCUCUGCUCGCUAACCAACAAGAUUCCAUGCACUUGCAAUUGCAAUAAAAUGAUCUACGGUGUUUGAACUUAGUUGGUGGAAGGUGUGUAUUUGGAUAUUUUCUCCCUAAAUGCAAGCAUUUUUGAUCAUACUCCACAUACUUUGCAUCUACCCCCCCUAGCAAUUGAAGCAGUACCUGCUGGGAUACAAAUACCUCAGGUUGGGAAUAACUGCUCACUUGUUUCCAAAUAGCUACAGAGACAUGAUAACGGGCU